UAGUUUUAUUUAUAUAAAUAUAAAAUAGUAUUUAUUUUAGUUAAUUAUGUAUUGUGUGGCUGAAUUCACUGAAACCGCAGAAACAGAAGUUAUACCAAUAAGAUGGAUUAAUAAAGAAGAAACUAGAUGCUUUUGGCCUGAUCAUUAUAAAAGCGAUCGAGUAAAAAAAGCUAUUUUAUGUAUUGAAAGUCCUAAUCCAGAAAAAUGGAGCAAAUAUUCCCUCAGAAUAUUACAUAAAUAUAAUUCAUAUCAAGAAGCUUGUUCUCAUUUAUCAAAAGCUGUAUAUACUUCUCAUCUUGAUUCAGAAGAAGAUCUAGAGAAUGAAUGCAGAUCUAAAAGAAAAACAAGAUCGAAGAUUUAUGCUUCAAAUGAAGAGAGCGAGGAAGAGAACCUUGUUUCAAAAAAAGUUAGACACGACAAAAAUAAGAGUAAAAUAGGGUCUCUUGGAUUAUUUGAGAAAUGUUCUUCAGGCAGGGAAAACUUAAUGCUAUUAAACUCUGUAGCUGAAUCGUCAUAUGAAAAAAAUUUUGCAGAAAAGGAAAAUUUUAAUUCCUCUAUUAUUCCUACUAUCUCUACAAAUAAUAAUAAUAAACGUUGAAUGAAAAAGAAACCUCCCUUCCAAUCAGAAAUUUAUUCUUCAAGUGAAGAAAGUCUUUUAUCAAAGAAACAAAGGCAAAACAAAAAUAAAGUGAAGUCUCCUCCUAUAAUUAGAGCACCUGAUAAAUAUUCAGACAGGGAAGACAUUACUCUAAAUUCUUCUUUAGUAGAGGUAUCACGUGCAAGGAAUUUUACAGAAGAAAAUGAAAAUACUAAUUCCUGUGUUAUGUCUACUACUCCUAUAAAUAAUAACAAAAAUACAGAAUCACUGGAAUUAUUAAUUUUGAAAAAGCUUAGGAAGCUCAAUUACAUACAGAAUAAUAUUAUAGUACCUGUUAUACAGGAAAUAUUAA